GAAGCAGAGCCGGAGGCGCCUGGUGGAGCCACCGCCCCCUCGCCGCUGGGCCGCCUCUGGGGAACCGGGGAGGCUGCGGCGCCGCGCUGCCCUGAUGGUCCUCGGCGGGCAGCGGCGGCGGCAGAGGCGGCGGGAGGAUGACCUCUCCCCGGGAGCGGGGUGCCGACCUGGCCCGUUUCUACACUGUCACCGAGCCUCAGCGACACCCCAGGGGCUACACGGUGUAUAAGGUCACCGCCCGGGUCGUUUCACGAAGAAAUCCAGAGGAUGUCCAGGAGGGAGAAUCCUGAACCAACCUAUCAUGAACAUAAUCUCUGCCAUUUCCUUAAUCCUUUUUUGGGGAAAACUCUUUUAUAAAACAACUGUUGGUGAACCAUUCUUCAGAAAACUCUUAUAAUCGUAUGGAAGAGAUACAGUGACUUUAAGAAACUACACAAAGAACUAUGGCAAAUUCACAAAAACUUAUUCCGACAUUCAGAAUUGUUUCCUCCAUUUGCUAAAGGAAUAGUGUUUGGACGAUUUGAUGAAACUGUUAUUGAAGAGAGGAGACAGUGUGCUGAAGAUCUGUUACAGUUCUCUGCCAAUAUUCCUGCUCUUUAUAACAGUAAACAGCUUGAAGAUUUUUUCAAGGGUGGAAUAAUUAAUGAUGGUUCUGAGUUGAUUGGUCCUGUUGAAGCUUAUUCGGACACCCUCACUGAUAGUUUUCCUGAGUGUAGUACAGAAGGCUUCUCCAGUGACAGUGACCUGAUAUCUCUUACUGUUGAUGUGGAUUCUCUUGCUGAGUUGGAUGAUGGAAUGGCUUCCAAUCAAAAUUCUCCCAUUAGAACUUUUGGUCUCAAUCUUUCUUCGGAUCCUUCAGCACUAGGGGCUGCUGCUUUUGACAGUGAACAGAACAAAACAGAAGAAGAAAGGGAAAAUCGUAGCCUCUUUCCUGGCAGUUUAAAAUCUAAGCUUGGCAAGAGAAAUUAUUUGGAGAAAGCGGGAGAAUUAAUAAAGCUGGCUUUAAAAAAGGAAGAAGACGACGACUAUGAAGCUGCUUCCGAUUUUUAUAGGAAGGGAGUUGAUUUACUCCUAGAAGGUGUUCAAGGAGAGUCCAGCCCCACCCGGCGCGAGGCUGUGAAGAGAAGAACAGCCGAGUAUCUCAUGCGAGCAGAGAGGCUCUCUGGUUUCAGUGGAAAACCUCCGUUUGAUGAUGGGUCUCAGGUUUUACUUGUAAUGGACACAAGGACAGAACAGACAUUCAUUUUAAAAGGUCUAAGGAAAAGCAGUGAAUACAGCAGGAACAGAAAGACCAUCAUCCCCCGCUGUGUGCCCAACAUGGUGUGUCUGCACAAGUACAUCAUCUCUGAGGAGUCGGUGUUUCUCGUGCUGCAGCACGCAGAAGGUGGAAAACUCUGGUCAUAUAUCAGUAAAUUUCUAAACAGAAGCACUGAAGGAAGCUUUGACAUCGAGGAAGUGAAAAAAUCUGCCAAAGUUCACCUGAAACAGCCAACUUCUGGUCCUCAAGGCAGCAGCAGCUUUGAAUCCAGAGGAAGUGAUGGUGGAACCACGCUUAAAGGUCUGCCUCUGAAGUCUAGUCUCACCCAGAGCUCUCAGGAUGAGAGCAACCAAGACGAUGACGGCCCAGACAGCUCUCCAAAAUGGCCUGAUUCUGGCUCAAGUUCAGAAGAAGAAUGCACUACUAGUUAUUUAACAUUAUGCAAUGAAUACGGGCAAGAAAAGAUUGAACCAGGGUCGUUGACUGAGGAACUGUUCAUGAAGACUGAAGGAAAUAGUGUUGAGACCAAAGCUGUUGAAGGCCUCCCCGCACACCUUGCUGCGGACCAUGACAGCCCCAGCGCCCCGCUGAGAGCUCACGAGCUGAAAUUCUUCCCUGCGAAGGAGGACCUGGAAGCAGCUGGUUCUCCAGGGGCCUCAGAUUCCCUCAGUAGAUCUAAAAACAGCUCCAUGGAAUUCUUUAGGAUAGACAGUAAGGAUAGCACUAGUGGACUCCUAGGACUUGAUUUUGGAGAAAAAAUGUAUAGUCUAAAGUCAGAGCCUUUGAAACCAUUUUUUACUCUUUCCGAUGGGGACAGGAGUUUUAAUAUUAAUGACAGCAAGGUUAUAGCUCAGGACACCAUUAGCAGGGGCUCAGAUGACUCUGUCCCAGUUAUUUCUUUUCAAGAUGCUGCUUUUGAUGAUAUCAGUGGUACUGAUGAAGGAAGGCCUGAUCUCCUUGUAAAUCUACCUGGUGAAUUGGAGCCAACAAAAGAUUGUGCAGCGAUGGGGCCCACUAAGUUUACACAGACGAAUGCAGGCAUGAUAGAAAGUAAACUGUUGGAAGCCCCCGAUGUUUUGUGCCUCAGGCUGAGUGCUGAACAGUGCCAAGCACAAGGAGAAGGCUCGGAGGAACUGAGUGAUCCCGCUAGGCUUCCAUCUCAUGGUAUAACAGAGAAACACUAUGUACAGGGGGGUCCUGGGGUACUAUUUGUAGCCACUGUUGAUCAUGGUAGUUCAGGAGACAUGUCUGUGAUGCACAGCCCAGAUUCUAACUUCCAAGGACUUGGAGUGGUUGAGUUGGCAGGGACUGCAGACAACACAGAAGAAGGUUUGUUCCCUACUUCUGACCCAGUCUCAGGUGCUGAUGAAUGUAAUGCAAACACAGACACUUUAAAAACUGAACAAGUAUUGCUGUUUACAGAUCAAGCUGAUGAUUUGGCUGGAGAGGAAUCGACUUCAUUUCCGAGAGACUCUGUGACUGCGGGAGUGAGUGGGUUAGCACUAGAAGGAGGCAAGGAGAUACAUCAGAUUUUUGAGGACCUUGAUAAAAAAUUAGCACUGAACUCCAGGUUUUACAUCCCAGAGGGCUGCAUUCAGAGAUGGGCAGCUGAAAUGGUGGUAGCCCUUGAAGCUUUACACAGAGAGGGAAUUGUGUGCCGCGAUUUGAACCCAAACAACAUCUUAUUGAAUGAUAGAGGACACAUUCAGCUAACGUAUUUUAGCAGGUGGAGUGAGGUUGAAGAUUCCUGUGACAGCGAUGCCAUAGAGAGAAUGUACUGUGCCCCAGAGGUUGGAGCAAUCACUGAGGAAACUGAAGCCUGUGAUUGGUGGAGUUUGGGUGCCGUCCUCUUUGAACUCCUCACUGGCAAGACGCUGGUCGAGUGCCAUCCCGCAGGAAUAACUACUCACACUACUUUGAACAUGCCAGAAUGUGUCUCUGAAGAGGCUCGCUCACUCAUUCAACAGCUCUUGCAGUUCAACCCUGUGGAGCGUCUUGGUGCUGGAGUUGCUGGUGUAGAAGAUAUCAAAUCUCAUCCAUUUUUCACCCCCGUGGAUUGGGCAGAACUGAUGAGGUGAACGUAGUGCAGGUUGUCUGCACACAUCCUGACCUUCCCUGGGACAGGCGUCUCCACGGGAGGCAGCUCUCCUCGCAGUCACUUGCGGGCUCCCGAGCAUUGGGACCAUGACCUUCAGGGGAAACGGGGCACAAGGCUGAACAAGAACAGUUCCUUUACAGUCACCGUGCGGACAAAUGAGCAGACCUUUAACCAAGGUCUGCGUUUAGUGUCGCAGAUGCGUUGUGAGCCCCCCGAAAGGAGUGCCCAUCAAGAACUUGCUCUGGUGUGAGACUCCACGUGUACAAUCAAGUGUUACUUGAGAGGAUCACCUGUACAUGGCAGCUAACCGUGUGUUCCGCUAACCAGGAUUGGUCUAUGUGAUCAGAUUCAUAUUGUCGAAUGAUAUAUAAAAAGUGCUUCAUGAAUAAUGUCAUCUGUGGAGAUUAAAAAGUGAGGAAAAAAAGAGUAUACUCAUCAUGUCUGAUAGGAAACAUGUACCACGAUGCUAUAUAAUUACUAUAUGUUGGAUGUGGUCCCAAAUUGUUUCAUACUUUCAGAAGUCCACACGAGAAGAAAACACUUCAUGGUGUCAACUUUGUUCUUGGUUGGUUGGUACUGCUUAUGGAAGGGUUCAUAUAAACACUCACUCUAUUUCCUCCACCCCUGGCCUAGCCUCUCAUAUUCUGUUCUUCUACUCUACUAAUACAUGUGCAACCAAAAGGGAAGAGGGAGUAUUUAUGUCCCCAAAUUGUAUCAACUUAAUAAGGACUAAUAAAU